AUGAACAAAUCAAGGACACCCAUACAUUCUGGGACAUUUAAGAAGGCUGUUAAGGACGAGCUUGUGAAGAAGAAAGACAUAAAUGAAGACUUAAACUCUCUCAUUCCAAAAAUCAUGAACAAUCACAACCUUGACACCCAGAUUAAGAACAAAGUGCAAGAAAUUAUGGAGAAAAACAGGUAUUUCAAGGACAAUAUCACAGUCGCGAAGAACCAAUUUAAAGAUUGUGUAGAUUGUUCUUUCCUACCAGCCUUCUACAAAGAAAAAGACUUCGAGCCUCUUGAAAGUGUUGCUAAUGCGAAGAAAAUCUGGAAUGAACAGAUCAAGUACAAAGCAAAUGUUGUUGCCAGAACAGUUAGAAAACCUUUCAUCUCUGCUAAAGCGAAGGGAGGUAAAGAUGUACCAGAAGUGCCUCCCAUUGAUCUUAAAGAAGUGGAUGAUCCCUCUUGCAUGUUCAUAUUUGAUCAGAAUACUCUUUUUGAUUCUGUCCUAAAAGUCAACUCUAUCAACUAUGCUGGCGUAAUGAACUUAACCUGGGGGAGCGUCAAGCUCCAGCUCCAGACCAUGUCUGUCAAAGAGAUGAGGAAGAAGUUUAACGAGUUAAAUGUCACUCUUAGACAAAUUGGAGUCGAUGACGAAAAGUCCUUUAUUGACGAAAGACUUCUUCAAGGAGACAAACUCCUUUCAAAAGACUUUAGACCACUCUUGAUUAACUAUGCUAGAAGAGGAGUUCCUCCAUCACUGAGAUGUAGAGUAUAUAAGAAGAUCUUCAACAUUGAGAUGAAUCCAAGGGAUUAUGAAUACUAUAAAUCUUUGAACGACCAUUUCUCCAAAUGGGACCUUUGCAUUGAUGAUAUUUGCAAUUUUGAUACAAACGAAGUCAUCAAUGAUGAAAAAUAUUUCAUUUUCCAAGACUUCAUAGUGCAAGUUACAAACCUCUUCUUCAGAGAUACCUGGGUUCUAGAGAAUAUGAGGUCUAAACCACAUGCAACCCUCACUGCAAUAAUAGGAUUAGACAAAGAAGUUGGGCCAUUUCCACCGAAUGGUGUUCUUCCUUGUAAGCACUUUUCAAAAUUUGUAUGUCCCUUCUGCUAUAUCUCAACGAGCCCAGAGGACAUCUACUUCAUCUUCAGAGCAUUUUACGCAAAGUACAUUUGCCAGCUGCACUCUCUGAAUUCUGACUCGCAGGGAAUAAUCGGGUUGUGAAAACUGUUCGAGGAUCUUCUCCAGACCUAUGAGCCUGAAGUGUUCUACUACUUGAAUCAGAUGGGAAUCAACCCUUUAAAGACUGCGUUCCCAUGGAUCUUCAACAUGUUCAUUGGGUAUCUCGAAGUCAGCGAGUUGUUCCUGCUCUUCGACAGGAUCAUCGGUUUUGACACGGUAGAAAUCAUACCGAUCCUGGCCGCAGCCAUCUUCGUAUACAGGUCAACCCUGAUCGCUAACUGUACGAGCCAAGAAGAGUUCGAAGAACUCUUCUACGACCUGAGCCAGAUCAAAGUCAUCCCUCUACUGCAGCACUUCUUAUUCCUUGCUAGCUAA